AUUAACCCUAUGAUUAUGAAGGGAUGUCUUAUUAUGUUGCUAAUUAACAGAAGUUUUAUGGUCUUUCUUACAUCUCUCUCCUUAUUCGUAGUCAUAGCUAACACUAUCUUGGCCUCAAUGCGGGGAACACGUGAUGCUCGGAGAAGUUACCAUCAGAUUUGGUCUCAGUAAACACCAACCCGGACAAGCCAGACAAAAGCCUUUGGAUAAGUCUGGACAGCUUUGAUCCUGGAAGCUUUUUGAUCAUAUUCUCUGAAUCUCAGUGUACCCAUGACCAGACGCCACCAUGGUUAAAAUCGAGGCCUUCGCAGUUGAACAGUGGAUGGACAAGUAUGAGACCAUUGCCAAGUAUAACACCGCCGAGACCUGUUGUGCAUCCAUCUCCGUCGACGAUCUCCGCGCGCUGUCCGAGGACAAGGAGUCCAACCCUUUGACCGAGCUUCAAUCUACCAAACUCACAUAUGGAGCAAUCCGUGGAUCAGAUAAGCUGCGCACCACUCUUGCCAAUCUGUAUUCCGCGAAGACACCCGCCCAGUUGCCAAAGGAUAACGUCUUGAUAACUGCUGGCGCAAUUCAAGCAAACUUCUUGUUGCUGUAUACAUUAAUUGGCCCAGGUGACCAUGUCAUCUGCCAUUACCCAACAUAUCAACAACUCUACUCUGUGCCUGCAUCAUUGGGAGCAGAGGUCAGUUUGUGGAAGUCCAAAGAGGCCGAUGGGUGGCAAUUGGACCUCGAAGAGCUGAAAAGCCUUAUUCGUCCCAACACUAAGCUGAUUAUUAUCAACAACCCGCAAAACCCCACUGGAGCCAUCAUCCCACGUGAAACUCUCGAGCAGUUGGUAGAUAUCGCGCGUGAGAAGUCUAUCAUAAUUCAUGCCGACGAAGUGUAUCGUCCAGUCUUUCACGGAAUCACUCCCAUGGAUUCUAAGUUCCCGCCUUCUCUUAUCUCACUCGGAUACGAACGCACAGUGGUGACAGGAUCGGUUUCGAAAGCCUACAGCCUGGCAGGGUUGCGGGUUGGCUGGAUUGCCUCGCGCGAUAGGUCGAUUAUCGAAAAUUGUGCUGAUUCACGCGAUUACACGACUAUCUCAGUCGGUCAGAUUGACGACGCGAUUGCCAGUUUCGCACUAUCACCUGAUUGCAUCCACAAUCUUUUGAAACGUAAUAUCGACUUGGCCCGAACUAAUCUUGCGAUCUUGGAGAAGUUUAUUGAAGACCAUCGGUGGGCUUGUGAUUGGGUCAAGCCACAGGCGGGAACCACUGCAUUUGUGCGCUUCAGCAAAAUGGGAAAGCCUGUAGAUGAUGUUGCUUUCUGUGAGAUGGUACUGGAACAAACCGGUGUGAUGCUCGUUCCCGGAAGCCUUUGCUUUGGCGGCGGAGAAGAUUUCAAGGGCUAUGUUCGUAUUGGGUUUGUUCCUGAAACGGAAGUUUUGGAAAAGGGCUUGGAGGCAUUGCGCGUGUUUAUGGAGGAUGGAUAUGAGGAGGUUCCGGUAGUGAAGAAGUUAGCCUUGAGAUGAUGCCCUACACAAUGACGUGCUGUGUAAAGAGACUCACAUGAAUGGUGU